CAUACACUCUGACAUACAUACAGACAGACACGCGCAGCCAAAACGUAAACACAGCUGAGAGGAACAAUGGAUCACCUCUCCCUUUCUCCCUCAGUGGGCCACAUUUAAAUCAUUAUGCCGCGGUGACCAUGGGGGGUACCAAGCCCAAGGAGGACCGGGUGAUGCUGGUGGUGGAGCAUGUGCAACAGCGUCACACCUGGGACUGUGGCCUGGCCUGCGUCAACAUGGUCCUCCCGCCGGCAGCACGGGUCAAGUUCUCCUCUCAGCUCUAUGAAAUAUGUCAGGAGGAAGGCUUCGGCAAGAGUACAUGGAGCAUUGACCUUGCGUAUUUGCUUCAGAGGUUUGGCAUCAAGCACCGCUACAUGACAGUUACUUUGGGUGUCGACCCGGGAUUCUCCUCCGAAACUUUCUAUGACCAUGUCCUCCAUAAAGACGCCCAGAGGGUGACGGAGCGCUUCCAGGCAGCUAAGGAUCAUGGGGUGGUGGUGGAGCAGGGCACGGCCUCCAUCAAUGACAUCCUGAGUCACCUGUACCAGGAGGGCCCUGUCAUCCUGCUUACCAAUGCCCAUCUCCUCGUGUGUGUCAAGUGUGUGCGGGGUGCCAUGCCUCAGCUGCGUUCCUGCUUCCCCUGCACGCCCCCCUACCAGGGGCACUACGUCCUUCUUGUUGGCUUUGACAUGAAGAACAGCCACAUCUAUUAUAGGAAUCCCUCGUUCGGUAAUCGCAUCUGUACCAUAUCCUUCUCCAAGCUGGACAAGGCUCGGAGGAGUUAUGGCACGGAUGAAGAUAUAAUAUUUAUUUAUAACUACCAUCCUUGUGAGUGUAUAAGCCCUAACUAGAGCAGCCACUUCAUUAUCGGUGUUGAUUAGUAUUAAGUAACGACCAUAGUUCAAAGAAAGGUUAUAUUCAGGGAUCGGGAGCUGUGUUGUGUCACUAUGGUUGUGAUGGGACACUGGAAGGCCUCUCGCUUUGCAUUAGGUCUGAACUUGAUUCCCUUGAUUGGUUUGUCUUGCCCUUCAAAGUUCCUUCUGUCUAAAUUAAUGAUCCUUGAACAAAAGUGCUUUAUGAGUUUGUGCUCCAAAUAGUUUAUAGUCUCAAAGGUUGUGUACUUUAGUUAAUUUCUGUUAAAUAUUCAGCGUGACAGAAAGUAGGAAUUCGUGCAUGAGGCAAUUUGGAAAUUCGCUCAUGCAUAAUGAAAACUUUGGGAUCAAGUUUGGUGCAGAUUGGUUAAUUUUACUGUGCAGUAGUUGUAGCUGUGUCUGUGCAUCUGUCCCCUGGAGGCUGUGUGGUGGUGAUGAGAGGCUGGUGCUUCAUGGUGCUCUGUACCCACACUUAGUUACUGUCUGACAUGCCAUACCACCGACUGCCUCCGAGCCAGUGUUGUACCAAUCCAGCAUGACUGCCACACGGCCUCAUUCACCUCUCAGCUGUUUCUUAAUAACAUACAGUAAAACCUCAUUAACUUGUGCUCCACUGACUCAUAAUCAAGAAUAUAAGAACAUAAAGGAAGCCACAAGAGGCCACCAGGCCUACAUGUGAGUUUCUUUAUGAAAUGUACCUACCUAUUCCCACCUGUUAUCCCUAUCCUAUCCUGUGUAGUCUUCUAAAACUUCCUAAUGAUUUGGCACUAAGAACCUGAUUAUAAAUCUGUUUCAGUCAUCUGCUACACUAAUUGAGAACCAGUUUCUUCCUAUUUCUUUUUUAAAUCUAACUUGUUAGGUACUUCAGGCUAAUUUGUACAGGCUCAUGUGGGAAAAGUAACUCCUGAAGAUUCAACUAAUAUGUAGGUUCUCAAAGGAUGACAGGAGCCAUGCUCAGCUUGGUGUUCAUGUGAUGGACUCCACCACCACCACCACUGUCGUCACCAUCAGUCACUUGGUGUUUGCUGAUGUUUGGGUGAUGUGGAGUCUGUGUGGAUUUUUUUUAAGGUUAUGCUAUGACUUUCUUGGCAGUUGUUUGUGUAAGGUUCACAUUAUUGUUCUGUUAUGUAUUACCAUCCCUAAAACACCAUUAUCAAGCUUUGUGGGUGUGCAUUUUGUGCUUGCCAGAAAAAACUAAGAUUUGCUUCACUUGUUAAAUUGUACAUCACUGUUUUGAUAUCAAGGACACUUAGGAUUAUUUUUGAAUAGAAUUACAGUAAUAGAUACAAAAUUUCACGCAUCAAAACUAUACUGUUAAGUGUGCGUGUUUGGUACACUGAAAGUUGCAAUCAAAAGUGUUGGGAAAAGUGUCCUGGAGACCCACUCUUUAUCCUGCCAAAGAUCUCUGCUGAGCUUGAACAGGAUAAGGUUGUAUUCCAUUAAUUUUCUUCACUGUGGUAAUUCACAUGAGACUGAACUAAAUUAACACAAGCUAAUAAGGUUUCACUGUACUAGUUUUUCUAGAUCUUAUAGCAUAUAAAUACAGUUUGUUCUGAGAGUGCAAGCUAACACAGGCCGUUGCUGGCCCCCAACCUGCAGAGCGACCCACCAUGGUGCCGCCACUGCACGCUGUGUUCUGUGUGCUGUCUUGUCCCGCCAGGGAGAGAACAGACAGUUGCAGAAAGGCAGCCUAAUUUGUUUUGUUUACUCCUAUAUAGUUUACAAGCGAUAAAAAUAUAUUUUGCAGAAAAGAGAAUCUAUGUCAUUAUAAGCAGGUAUAUUUAAGGUUACUUGUAAAGUAUGUAUUGUAAUAUUUUUUUAUAUAAUGUUCCUUUGUGUGUGUGUAUAGUGAGUGACAUCUCAAUUUUAAAACUAACACAUGGCCAACAUUUAACUGCCAUUACAUCACCAAAUACAAAAUCUUUCAUGUUAACUAUUUUCAGGAAUAGAUGAGUGAGUGUCAGCAAAGUGUAAGGUAAGAGCUAAGAGUGAGUGCUCAUUAAACACUACCACUAACACAAAUCACAGCUCCAGUGCAUCCUGCUGCCGUGUCAUACACUGGCCAGUUUGCACUUAAAAAAUAUAAACCACAAGACUUUUGAGGUGCAAAGCGUUAACCAGUGCAGGACAGAGGAAGGACGAUCAGUGCCUGGCCCGCCUGCUGUGAGUGUGGCGGUGGCCGGUGUGUGUUCAUGUGUACAAUUACCUCAUGUCUCCUUAAUGGGGCAAGUGUCUCAUGCACUAUUUAUUUCCCCAAUAGCAUCACUUUCCUGUUGUUAUUGUGUUACUGUCUGUUACUUUACCAGACUUGUUGUGAGGAUGUCAUGUGAUGAUGCUAACUAAUGGAUGUGCUUCCCCUGUUUUGAUAAAGUUUACAGUACUUCUUGUAUGUCUGUCUCAAUAAACAUUUGUGCUGACA